AUGGGUAAGCCUGGUGACUCUGCGAAGCCCUCAGAGGACGCUCGCGACACUGCGACGGCGCGGCCGGCCGCGCCAGCUCACCCUGACCGCAUCAAGGCAUCCUCCAAAGACGCACCCGGCCUGGCAAACACGGGAGAAGAGAACCCGAAGAAAACAGGGCAGGAGAAACGCCCUGGAAGUGCGCAGAGAAACUCUCGCGCCGACGUCUUGUCAGCUGCGCAACCUGAUCCCCUUGCAGUUCCUCCGGACGAUGGAGCCAAAGGCGGCUUGCUUUUCGGUGACACUAAUAUCGAACCCGGCGGGAGCGACGAAGACGGCGAGUUCUCCGCGACUGAUUUCGACACCGAUUCGAUGAUAGAUGACCGUUCCGACUCCACGUCCCUGCACUCUAGCAUUCUGGAACAUAGCUACGUCAAUGGGCGGCGAUAUCACCGCUACCGUCACGGCCGCUAUCCUAUACCCAAUGAUGAAGCCGAGCAGAAUCGCGAGGAUAUGCUCCAUACCAUGAUGAUGGAAUCUACCGAUGGCCGAUUGUUCUAUGCCCCCCUCGGAUUGAACCCGCAAAAAGUUAUUGACCUCGGAACCGGCACUGGCCUAUGGGCGAUAGAGUUUGGAGACAGAUACCCCGGUGCGGAAAUUACGGGCUUAGAUCUGAGUCCCAUUCAGCCAGCCUGGGUUCCGCCCAAUGUCAAAUUCCUGGUGGACGAUGUCGAGGCGGAGUGGCUGAACGGAGACGACUUUGACCUGGUGCACCUGAGAAACAUGAUUCCCAUACUAAAAUCCCCCGUCAAUCUACUGAAACAAGCAUACGAACACAUCAGACCAGGCGGAUGGGUUGAGUUGCAAGAUGUCGAUGGCGCGGUCCACACAGACGACAACAGCGUGCCCAAGGACUGGCCGCUGAAGAGGCUGACCGAUCUGCUCGUCGAAGCCUUUGCGCAGUUUGGCACCAAUGCCCACGCGGCCGAGUCUGGGCGCGAGUACCUGGAAGAAGCCGGCUUCGUCAAUAUACAGCACAACUAUAUAAAACUACCCUACGGCACAUGGCCAAAAGACAAAUUGAUGCGUCUGGUGGGCAUGUACUAUCGCACCGCCUGCGAGGACUUCCUCCCGGCCGUCGGCGCGAUGCACUUUCCCAGGAUGGGCUGGGAGAGGGCCGAGAUGGAGGUCUUUUUCGCGCAGGUCCGCGCGUCGAUGCGCGACCCAAGGGUGCACGCCUACGGCAAGAUGCACUUUUGGAGCGGCCAGAAGCCCCUCCACGGAUAG